AAGCUAUAUUGACACUUAGAUAUUGUACUCAGUAGCUGAAAUAGUUGUACGUUGGUGAACUGUGACAUGUAAUAAAUAGUAGCUUAACAGAUAGCAACGGCUUUUCAAGAAGCAGAAGCUAUCACUUGCCAAGAACUGAAGGUUAAAAAUGGGGCCUUUAGCAUUAGCUUUGGAUACAAAGAAUUCUUUUGCAGUCUCAGAUGCAUCUGGUAGAAAAAUGGAUAACCUUCAGAUGGUACCCAAAAAGUUCUUCGCAUCAAUCAACAAUGGAGAAGAGAAACCAUUUGAUUUCCUAAGAAUGCUAUUUGAGGGUGUCAUAGCAGGAGGGACCGCCGGCGUUGUUGUUGAAACAGCUUUAUAUCCCAUUGAUACAAUAAAGACACGACUGCAGGCAACUCGUGGUGGAGGACAAAUAGCCUUGAAAGGGUUGUAUUCCGGGCUUGCUGGAAAUCUUGCUGGAGUUCUACCGGCUUCUGCUAUUUUUGUUGGUGUAUAUGAACCGGCAAAGCAGAAGUUAUUGAAGAUGCUUCCUGAAAAUCUUAGUGCUGUGGCCCAUCUUACUGCUGGUGCUUUAGGAGGCAUUGCUGCUUCUUUCGUUCGUGUUCCAACAGAGGUGAUUAAGCAGCGAAUGCAAACUAUGCAAUUUGCUUCGGCUCCUGAUGCUGUUCGGCUAAUUGUUUCAAAAGAAGGUUUUAAAGGUCUUUAUGCGGGAUAUGGGUCAUUUAUACUUCGAGAUUUGCCAUUUGACGCCAUCCAGUUCUGUAUCUAUGAGCAGAUGCGGAUAGGUUAUAAGCUGGCAGCAAAAAGGGAAUUGAAUGAUCCAGAGAAUGCAGUUAUCGGUGCUUUUGCUGGUGCUCUAACUGGAGCUAUAACUACCCCUCUUGAUGUCAUUAAGACAAGAUUAAUGACUCAGGGUUCUGCCAACCAAUACAAAGGCAUCGUUGAUUGUGUGAAGACUAUUGUUGCAGAAGAAGGGCCUCCAGCACUUUUAAAGGGCAUCGGGCCAAGAGUGCUUUGGAUAGGCAUUGGAGGAUCAAUAUUCUUUGGUGUUCUUGAGAGAACAAAGCGAUACCUUGCACAAAAUCGUCCUGAUAAUGAAACCUCAAAGAAGGAUUAGUUUCUAUGCUUUUUUGCAACUAGCUGCAUAGAAUGAAUAUAUUGAAUUUAGUAGUCAGUAUUGCCGCCAUUUGCAGAAAGUUGACUAUGACAGAAAGUAAGUAUCCAUAGAGGUAAAUAGAUAUGCUGUCCUUGGGAUUAACAGCUUUUGCUUUCUUCUCUUAGAAAGUCUGUGCCCAAAGGGAUUUUGAAAUGGAAGAGUUACAUUAUUUCUUGAAGUCAUAGUGUGUUUACUCUCAUGCAUAUCAAUGAAACAAGCCAAUUAUUCUUUUCUCUUA